AAUUUUUAAUAUUUUUCAAGACAUCGGGGGCUGCGAUGCGUGAUUAGGUUUAAUCGUGUUUCGUAUUUGAUAAACCUAGUUACGAGAAUCAGUAUUUAAACGCGACGCCGAUCGGUGGUGAUAGAUUUAUAUUUUCACUGUCCGUACGCUGUUUUCAAUGAUGGCAGGAUUCGCGUAUUUCUUGUUCUUCGGAAUGGCGCUGGUCAAUGUCGCCAGUCCAACUUACACGCCUUGUGACUCUUGCACUGAUCGAGCGAAUUCCACCCAAUUGGAGAAUAUCGAGUUGUACAUAAUCACUAGUGAUGCUGAGAACACGAGCGUACUGAUUGGCGCUGCGACGGAUUUAGUGGUCAAAAUCGAUGCCAGCAAACCGACCGUUCUCUAUUUUCACGGAUGGACCGAAUCUUCGAAAUCAACGAGUGUGCAGACUAUAGUGGCAGCUUACUUGAAACGUGCCGACCACAACGUGCUGGUGCUAGACUAUAGCGAAAUAGCUGGAGAGGCUUGGAACUACGCAUAUUUAAGCACUGAGGGUGUCGGCUACACGGUGGCGAUAGCUCUCGACGAAAUGGUGGCAGCGGGGUUGGACGCGACGACUCUGAACCUGGUCGGUCACUCGUUGGGAGCACAAGUGAUGGGGUACAUUGGAAAGAACGUAAACUUCACCAUUCCGAAAAUCACAGGGCUGGAUCCAGCUGGUCCCGGGUUCACGGAGACCGAUUCUCACCUGCAAGCCAGCGACGCUGAUUUUGUCGAGAUCAUACAUACCGAGGCUUCGUAUUUGGGCAUUGACUACAGCGCGGGCGAUGUCGACUUCUGGCCUAACGGCGGCUCUAGUCAACCAGGGUGCUCCACAACUUCCGAACUCGUGCAGAUUACCUGCAGUCACGCCAGAUCAUGGGCUUAUUUUGUGGAGUCCUUGUCCGACGAGGACGCGUUCCUCGCCAUUGCUUGUGACUCUUAUACGGAAUUCGAAGCCGGCUCAUGUAGCUCCAACACGGAGGAGAUAAUGGGCUAUGCGACACCGAACACAACGGCCGGGAACUACAUGCUUCAGACCAACGGCGACUCGCCCUACGGUCGAGGAGAAGAGGGUACUACGUAUGUGGAGUAGACUCGUUCACGUUUUACGACAACGUUUCAUCGUCCCGAGCAAACGAGGAGUUCGCAUCUCGUGACCUUGAAUGUCCAACAUCGUAAAAAAAUAGUUUUGGGUGUACUCAAAAUCGAAUAAACAGAUAUCGCUCAAUCCA